CUGCUGACCGUGGUGGUGAUCUUCAGGAUCCUCAUUGUGGCCAUUGUAGGGGAGACGGUGUACGAUGACGAGCAAACUAUGUUUGUCUGUAACACGCUGCAGCCAGGCUGCAACCAGGCUUGUUACGACCAAGCUUUCCCUAUUUCGCACAUAAGGUACUGGGUGUUCCAGAUCAUCAUGGUGUGCACUCCCAGCCUUUGCUUCAUAACAUACUCUGUUCACCAGUCUGCUAAGCAGAGGGAACGGAGGUACUCCACUGUCUUCCUCACCUUGGAGAGAGACCAGGAUUCAAUGAAGCGUGAGGACAGUAAGAAAAUCAAGAACACGAUUGUCAAUGGGGUGCUGCAGAACACUGAGAACUCCACCAAAGAGGCAGAACCAGACUGCUUAGAAGUGAAGGAAAUCCCCAAUCCUGCUAUCAGAACUACAAAGUCAAAGAUGAGGAGGCAAGAAGGCAUUUCUCGAUUUUAUAUCAUCCAAGUGGUCUUUCGAAAUGCCCUAGAGAUUGGAUUCUUAGUGGGACAAUAUUUUCUGUAUGGAUUCAAUGUCCCUUCCAUGUACGAAUGUGACAGAUACCCUUGCAUUAAAGAAGUUGAGUGCUAUGUCUCUAGACCCACUGAGAAGACUGUAUUCUUGGUGUUCAUGUUUGCUGUCAGUGGGAUCUGUGUGGUGCUCAAUUUGGCAGAACUGAACCACUUGGGCUGGAGAAAGAUCAAAAUGGCAGUGAGAGGAGUACAGGCAAAAAGGAAAUCCAUAUACGAAAUCAGAAAUAAGGACCUGCCAAGAAUGAGCAUGCCUAACUUUGGCAGGACUCAGUCAAGUGACUCAGCUUAUGUGUGAGGCUGUGACAGAACUGAAACACUGUGCCAGGUGGAACAGACCCAGACACCAUUAGGGAAAGGUACAUUGCUUAGGCAAGCAUUUUAUCAAACCACCAAGAAAGCCAUUAAGGUAUUGGAUCUGCACUUACUGAACUAGCUGCAAAAUGCAGUGCUAUGUA